AUGCAUUGGCCUACAGGGAAUUCCAUGAGAAAUCGAAGAAACGGCACCAUGGAGAGCGUGCGAACACUCUACUCCAGCAUAUCUCGAAGCACAGACUUGUCCUACAGCGAGAGCGAUUUGCUGAAUUUUAUUCAGGAAAAUUUUAAGAAAAGGGAGUGUGUCUUCUUCACAAAAGAUCCCAAGGCCACGGACAACAUGUGUAAGUGUGGCUAUGCCCAAAACCAGCACAUAGAAGGCACUCAGAUCAAUCAAAUUGAGAAAUGGAAUUAUAAAAAACAUACCAAAGAAUUUCCUACUGAUGCUUUCGGGGACAUUCAGUUUGAAACAUUAGGGAAGAAAGGAAAGUACAUCCGUUUGUCAUGCGACACAGACCCAGAAAUCCUCUAUGAGUUGAUGACCCAGCACUGGCAUCUGAAAACCCCCAACCUCGUCAUAUCUGUGACUGGUGGAGCCAAAAACUUUGCCCUCAAACCUCGAAUGCGCAAGAUCUUCAGUCGCCUGAUCUACAUAGCUCAGUCCAAAGGGGCAUGGAUUCUCACUGGAGGCACUCACUAUGGCCUGAUGAAGUAUAUUGGUGAGGUGGUGAGAGACAACACCAUCAGCAGGAAUUCAGAGGAGAACAUUGUAGCCAUUGGCAUAGCAGCCUGGGGAAUGGUCUCCAAUCGGGACACCCUGAUCAGACACAGUGAUGCUGAGGGACAUUUCUCAGCCCAGUAUAUCAUGGAUGACUUCAAGAGAGACCCAUUGUAUAUCCUGGACAAUAACCACACCCAUCUCUUACUGGUCGAUAAUGGCUGCCAUGGAUACCCAUCAGUUGAAGCAAAGCUUCGGAAUCAAUUGGAGAAAUACAUUUCAGAACGUGCAAUCCAAGAUUCCAAUUAUGGUGGAAAGAUCCCCAUUGUGUGUUUCUCCCAAGGAGGCGGAAGAGAGACUCUGAAGGCCAUCAAUACAGCCAUCAAAAAUAAAAUCCCCUGCGUGGUGGUGGAGGGCUCUGGGCAGAUCGCUGAUGUCAUUGCCAGCCUGAUAGACGCUGAAGACUCCCUGGCAUCAUCUACAGUCAAAGAAAAGCUCAUCAAGUAUUUGCCCCGAACCAUUUCCCGACUCCCAGAAGAAGAAACUGAAAGCUGGAUCCGAUGGCUCAAAGAAAUCCUCGAAAACCCUCACCUGCUGACAGUUAUCAAGAUGGAAGAAGCUGGGGAUGAAAUCGUGAGCAAUGCCAUCUCCUAUGCUCUCUACAAAGCCUUCAGCACUAACGAACAGGAGAAGGACAACUGGAAUGGCCAACUGAAGCUGCUGCUCGAGUGGAACCAGCUGGACCUGGCCAACGAGGAAAUCUUCACCAAUGACCGAAGAUGGGAGUCUGCCGACCUUCAGGAAGUCAUGUUCUCAGCCCUGGUGAAGGACAGACCCAAGUUCGUCCGCCUCUUUCUGGAAAAUGGCCUAAACCUGAGGAAGUUCCUCACCAAUGAUGUCCUCACCGAGCUCUUCUCCAACAAUUUCAGCAGUCUUGUGUACCGCAACCUGCAGAUCGCCAAGAACUCCUACAACGAUGCACUCCUCACCUUUGUCUGGAAGCUGGUGGCAAACUUCCGAAGAGGGUACAGGAAGGAAGACAGGAGCAGCAGGGAGGAUCUGGACAUUGAGCUCCAGGAUGUGUCACCGAUCACAAGACACCCGCUGCAAGCCCUGUUCAUCUGGGCCAUUCUGCAAAACAAGAAGGAGCUCUCCAAGGUCAUUUGGGAGCAGACCAGAGGUUGCACUCUGGCAGCCCUGGGAGCCAGUAAGCUGCUGAAGACCCUCGCUAAGGUGAAAAAUGACAUCAACGCUGCAGGGGAAUCCGAAGAGCUGGCGAAUGAGUAUGAGACUCACGCCGUGGAACUCUUCACAGAAUGCUACAGCAAUGAUGAAGAUCUGGCCGAACAGCUCCUGGUGUAUACCUGUGAGGCCUGGGGGGGCAGCAACUGUCUGGAGCUCGCUGUGGAAGCCACAGAUCAGCAGUUCAUUGCACAGCCAGGAGUCCAGAAUUUCCUUUCCAAGCAAUGGUAUGGAGAGAUAUCCCGGGACACCAAGAACUGGAAGAUCAUUCUAUGCCUGUUUCUCAUACCUUUGGUGGGCUGUGGUUUUGUGUCCUUCAGGAAGAAGCCCAUUGACAGACAUAGAAGGCUCAUCUGGUCCUACCUGGCUUUCUUCACCUCACCAUUCGUGGUCUUCUCCUGGAACGUGGUCUUCUAUAUCGCCUUCCUGCUGCUCUUUGCCUACGUGCUGCUCAUGGAUUUCCACUCUGUGCCUCACACACCAGAGCUCAUCCUCUAUGCCCUGGUCUUCGUCCUCUUCUGCGAUGAAGUGAGACAGUGGUACAUGAAUGGGCUUAAGUACUUUACCGACCUGUGGAAUGUCAUGGACACUCUUGGGUUGUUUUACUUCAUAGCAGGGAUUGUCUUCAGGCUCCACUCCUCUAACAAAAGCUCCCUAUACUCUGGACGUGUCAUCUUUUGCUUGGAUUAUAUCAUUUUCACUCUGAGACUCAUCCAUAUUUUCACUGUGAGCAGAAAUCUGGGGCCCAAAAUCAUCAUGCUGCAGAGGAUGCUAAUUGACGUCUUCUUCUUCCUGUUCCUCUUCGCGGUUUGGAUGGUGGCCUUUGGGGUGGCCCGUCAAGGCAUCCUGAGGCAGAAUGAGCAUCGCUGGGAGUGGAUCUUCCGCUCAGUGAUCUACGAGCCCUACCUGGCCAUGUUCGGCCAGGUGCCCAGCGAUGUGGACGGUACCACUUACGAUCUUUCUCACUGCACCUUCACUGGCAAUGAAUCCAAACCUCUAUGUGUGGAACUGGAUGAACACCAGCUGCCCCGAUUCCCUGAAUGGAUCACCAUCCCCCUCGUGUGCAUCUACAUGCUCUCGACCAACAUCCUGCUUGUGAACCUGCUGGUCGCCAUGUUUGGGUACACCGUGGGAACAGUGCAGGAAAACAACGACCAGGUGUGGAAAUUCCAGCGUUACUUCCUGGUCCAGGAGUACUGCAGCCGCCUGAACAUUCCCUUCCCCUUUGUGGUCUUUGCUUAUUUCUACAUGGUGGUGAAAAAAUGCUUCAAGUGCUGCUGCAAAGAAAAACACACCAAGCCCUCAGCUUGCUGUGUAACAAAUGAGGACAAUGAAACGCUGUCAUGGGAAGCUGUAAUGAAAGAAAACUACCUUGUCAAGAGCAACGCCAAAGCCAAUGACAAUUCCGAAGAAAUGAGACACCGAUUUAGACAGCUGGAUACCAAGCUGAACGAUCUCAAAGGCCUUCUGAAAGAGAUUGCUAAUAAAAUAAAAUAA